CGAGGCGAGAGUGACGGACCUGGCGAAUGGGAGGCUGAGCAUCGACGGACUCCAGCCACGGACUAGAUACGCGCUGCGCGCGCAGGUUGUUGUCGCGCAGGCCGACGCCCUCUACAGCUCUAACGUAUCGAUGAAAGCCGAGUUCCGCACGACGUCAUGUGCAGAUGGAACAUACUUGGACGCUUCUGGAAGCACUUGCAACGUUGUCCCGAUUCCGACGAACGUGACUGUCGCCGACGUCUCCACGACACAGGCGGUGAUCACGUGGGACGACGUUGGAGUGGGCGCCCUGAGCGUCACGUACAGAGUGGAGACAUGCGCGAGCCAGGAAAUGUGCUCUGAUGUUUCGGAAUGGACCAGUGUUCUCGUUCACGGCCCAGCACGAUCUGUGGUGAUCGCAUCACUGCGUACGGACACGAGCUACGAGGUGAGGGUGACGGCGGAAGUUACCCAGGACGGAGUACCCUCGACCGGGCAGCCGAGCGAAAGUGUGAUACUAAGGACUACCUGUGGAGGGUGCAUGACGUCUAAUAGCGUCAGUGAUUUUGCCGCAGCACCGACGGACGCGCCCACCGACAUCACCUUCAUCCUCCGCUACACCUACGCCUACUGGGACCCGAUACCCUGUGAACGACGCCACGGCGCGAUAACCGCCUACAGGUGGCGCCUCACGUCGCCCGAUCCGUGGGGGGACGAGGUGACGGGGACUCUUAGUCCGGUGUCGGCUGACAGCAGGCUGUACCUGCAGAGCCACGAGCUGAACAUGCUGGUGCCGUACACACGCUACGUGCUCAGCGUGCGCGGCGUCAACGCAGCGGGAGAAGGACCCGCCGCCAAUCACAGCUUCACCACGCCCCCUGCCGCGCCCCCGACGACAGACGUCGACGGAGUGCGAGCGUAUCCGUCCCCAACCGCCAUCACGGUAAAGUGGGAUGAGGCGUACCCACCUCACGGCGAACGCUGGGCGUACCGGGUGCGCUACGGAACAGGGAAUCGUGCGCAGAGCUACCCUGACGAACUGCCUCGUAACGACACGUGCGCUGACGGCGUGUGCGUGUACAAUAUCAGCGAUCUACAGGCAAAUAACAACUACAGCAUAGAGAUUCAAGCACGGAACCUGAAACCAUCUAGAUAUAGUAGCUGGAGUCGACCUGUGUGGGCGAGGACUGCAGUGUCAGAGCCCAGCGCGCCAGUAGAGCUGUCGUUGCUUGCUAGGGGCCCCCACAUGUUGAGCCUCGCAUGGGAGCCACCUUUGCACCCAAACGGUCACAUCCUGCAGUACAAGCUAGACAUCUCUGUCGUCGAGUCGUUCAGCGAUGUUGACAGGCAGCGUCCACCGUGGACUGUGCGUGUCAACGCAUCGAUGACCUACAUGGGACAGCUCGGUUACAACGCUACGGCGCUGCACCCGGCCACCACCUACCGCGUCGAUAUCAGUGCCUCCACAUCGGCCGGGUUCGGACCAGGCCUCAUGGAACGUUUCGUCACCAACGCCACGGCGCCGAACCUUGAAACUGUGCCGAAGACGCAGCGCCCCCUCGUGACGGCGUCGACAAUCAGCGUGGCACUGUCGCCCAUCGUGGUGGAUACAGGUCCCGUUAGCGCCUAUCACGUGAUUGUCGAACGCAUCAGCGACCAUGAAGAACAAGAUGCCAUCCCGAGCACAGGGCUGCAGCCAGCAAACCAAGUUGUAGGUGACGGACAGCAACCAGGACCGUAUGCGUUCGACUCACGUCUGUUACCUGAUUUCAACGCCAGCAAAGCUCUGAACACAUCGUACUACGUGGCUGCCCAGCUGCCGCCUGAGAGCAUCGCGGUAGACACGCAGUUUGUCGUUGGAGACGGUAAAACGUACGACGCGUUCUGGAACGCCGCUCUCGAAAACGGACAAAGCUACAUGAUCUACAUGGGUAUCGGCUCUAACUUCUCCGGGGAAUGGCAUUACUCAACGAGUGCCCUACUAAUCGAACCAGUCAACUUGCGUAGUCUAGCCAUCACAGAUCCAGGGGAGACAAGAUCUGGAGCUAUCGCUGCCAUUGUAAGCACAGCCGUUGCUAUUGCUGUGCUGGUUGUCCUCGCCAUCUUUGUUAUCAGCAGACGACAUCCUGGACUUUUGACCAGACGGUCUCAAAAAGGUCAGCAAAGACGGAAGAGUAACCGGACGAGACUUGACGAAGAGAGGUCUGUGAACGAGUCUAAUGCAGAAAUACCCAUGGCUGCAGUGCCUUUACCAGUAGCUGCAGAAACCGGUCGUCUCCACUUGCCAGUUGCAGCUACGUAUAGCGAUGCAAAGCCAGCCAUCGCCACCUUAGAACGACCACCUGCCGACGCUCCCUGGUGCCGGCCGAUGAAUCCUAUUAAAGUGGAGGACUUGCUAGACUAUGUGCUAGCCAGCAAGGCUACAGGGGCCCUGCAACAGGAAUACGAUGCUGUCCCGUACGGUCAAGUGUACACGUGGAAGGAAGCGUCGCAGCAUCGGUGGUGCAACCGUUAUGCCAACAUCGUUGCAUAUGAUCACUCACGUGUCAUCUUGCACCCGAUCGUUGAUGAUGACACCUUACACAUCGACUACAUCAACGCAAACUACAUAUCGGGUUACAAGCAGCCACGACAGUUCAUUGCAACACAGGGUCCCACCAUGCGCACGUUUGACAUGUUCUGGGAGAUGGUGUGGCAGGAGUGCAGCAGUACGGUGGUGAUGCUCUCCAACCUGGUAGAGAGAGGAAAGGAGAAGUGUGAAAAGUAUUGGCCAGACAAAUCCGACGUCUAUAAAGAAAUCGAAGUGCGGUCAAGCUCCGUGAAGGACAUGGGUCAUUACAUCGUUCGCACGUUUACCAUCAAGGCGUUUCUGCCCAAGGCUGUUGCGAAGGAGGUCAAGCAGUUUCACUUCACGGCCUGGCCGGACCACGGCGUGCCCGCCGACCCGCAGCCGUUACUCCGCAUGCUCGAGGAGGUGCGCAGCGACCAGCUUGCCAAUGCUGCUGGCCCCAUCAUCGUACACUGCAGUGCCGGCGUGGGCAGGACAGGCACGUUCAUCGCGCUGUACAGCCUCAUGCAGCAGGCUGAGAGCGAACACCUCAUCGACGCAGGCAGACAAUUCACGCUCAACCGCGCCGAGCGCAUCAAGAUGAUACAGAACAAGGCCCAGUACGAGUUCCUGCACGACGCCCUGGUGAGCGUGCUUGUUAUCGGCGACACGCGCGUCAAGAUGCAGGGUUUCUCUGACAUUUACAAACACCUUAGCGUGACGGAGAAGGCAGGAACAGGCUGCAAGCUGCACUCCCUAUACCAGAUGCUAAGGAAGAUAGCGAUCAGCAGUUACCAAGGAACAGUAACUGUUGCCACGACAGAGGUAAACCUGUUGAAGAACAGAUGUUCCAAGUACCUGCCAGAUGAUGAACAGAGAGUUACCCUACAGAAUGUCAAUAAAGAGGAUAACAGCGACUAUAUCAACGCUAGGUCUGUCACAUGUACGUGGACGGAGAAGGUGAUUGCGGCUCAGACACCGCUGGCCAACACUGCAGCAGACUUCUGGGGCAUGGUGUUCGAUUACAACAUAUCAACGAUAGUGUUGCUGGAUCACCUCGAGACACCCUACUGGUUGGAGAACAGCGUGGCUGAAUACGGUGAGAUCGUCGUGCAGCAUGCGUCGACGGAGGAAGAACAGGCGCAGGUCGCCAUCCGCUCGUUCACCGUGCACGUCCGCAACCAGGCGUACGAUCAGCGCGUGGUGCACCAGUUCUCGCUGCUGCGCGGCUGGCCGAUCAGCCAGCAGCAGCCGAAGCACGGAGUCAUCUACCUUAUAGACGCCAUGUACAAGUGGCUGCAGAUGUGCACAAGUCGCAGCGUCGCCGUCGUCAGCUCGGAUGGAGUGACGGAUGCCGGCACGUUUUCGGUGCUGGCGGAGAGCGUGAUAAGUGCACGCAACAGCAGUGAGGUCGACAUUCCACAGAUAGCGAAGAUACACAUGGACGCCUGCACCGACAUCAUGCGAACCUAUGAUCAGUUCACGUUCUGCUACGAUGUGCUAGAGACUUACUCGGAAGGUUUCGACAUCUAUGCUAACGUCUAAAGUACCGGACCAUCCAGCGACGAGAUACGAUCGAGCGUACUGCUAUGGAAUCGUUUAAUUUAAACAAUACCAAUAGUCCGACAGUGCUGCCAACAUCGGAUGGAGUGACUGUAACAAUAGCAGGGGGAGUUUACAGGGAUGGAUCAAGAGAGGGGGGAAUCCAGCGGUCGGGAACCCACCCCUUUCAUGACUGCAUGCCCUUCUGUUUUCUAGAUUCUUCCAGAACGUGGCACAAUAUGCUCGCCAAUUGAAAUGGAAGAGUGCUUCAAACUCGCGAAUAUAUAGUAAAAACCUUUUGAAUUGCAACCGUAUAUUCUAAAAAAUGGGAGAGGUACUGCUUUCGCUCUGCAUUCAACAAACUUUGAAUUAUUUAAUUCAAGGUUGCAGAAUAUGCGAUUACAUAGUGCAUUGUCUAGAACAUGUAAGCACUCAUUGCUAUCGUGGGGCAGGGGGGGGGGGGGAGGAGCAGUUGACUCCUUCCAUAGCAAUAUAGAUACUAUCAGGGGGUUAAUAAUGACAAAUUUGUCAUUAUUAACCCCUGAUACUAUUACAUGUACGAUGGCCUUGGCAAACUGCCCAGUCAACUGUUCAGAAUACAAACCACACGCGGCUUUGCCCACACUCCACACGAAAUGAGUUGGCUACGGUCCUACUAUAUGCUUGUCAACCGGAUUACACAUGUAUGCCUAUGUAAUCGCCAGACUGACAAAUAUUAUCGUGAUACCUGAUGUACGUUAUACUAGUAUUGACUUUAAAACAAUGCUGAUUCUGUGAGGAAGCACAAACAAAACGUUUCUACAGCACGUCUAAAAUGUUUCUCAAGCAUAAGCAUAUGCAGUCUCUAUAUUCGGCAGAAACUACAUGUUUACAGGCUAUGAACCUCCCAGAGAAAACACGGCUGUGUGCUCUCCACUAUGACGACACACAAAAUGUGCAAAUGGACUUACCAGUCAAAUUGGUUCAGUAGGAUCUUUACACUGAGAGACAUUGCCAACGGUAUUAUGCAAUGUUAUACCUUGAACCUGGGUAUGAAUCUUUAGAUCUGACGAGGGCUGUUAUCAAUCGAUUCAAUACGUUUAUUAUUGAUAUUUUGUUGCUAACCUGGUUCAUCGCCAGUACAGAAUAUUAGCACGUGGAUGUACAGUCAUACAUUAAUGCUCAUGGUCACCUCUAUAGAAUGAAUCCAUAGCUGUCUACGUAUGACACUUGCUAUUUCCCAUACAACACACAUUAUACAGUGAAACAGCAUUUAUACAACUGACACCUUAAGGAAUUUCCCCUUGAGUGACCACUACACAUAGUUUUGACUGUACAUGUAAUAGAGUAAAAUGUGUAUUUGGAAACUUACGUCGACAUGACAAAUUUUAGGUACCAUACGUAUGCAGCAGCACUGUGAUACAUGGAAGGCUGCCAUUUGAACCCAAUUGGUUUUACUGCAGGGAAUCACUAGAAGCAGUAAAGGUGUGCAUUAUGGCUAAAGAGGGAAAAUAAUACUGAAAUCCAUAAAUAGCAGGUCAGGUCAGGACAUUGCUAUCUAAAGUUGGAAAACAACACCCGAUUUCGUUAUUAUAACUCACAAUUACAUACCAAUAUAAUAAACUUAACAUUUUUACUUCGUUUGAUCGUA